AUGGCCGCUGUGACACAAACCGCGACCAUGUCCGUGUCCCAAGACCCAAAUUCCCACGCAAACUCCACAUCAACCAUGCGGAAACUCGGCUCGUCGCUGGACCUCGCCCGCGACCAGCCCGCCAACGAUCCUGAUUCGCCGCAGAUCCCCGCUGUGUUUGACAUUUCGCCCGAGGCUGCAUUACAGCUGCUUUGCCUAAAUAUCGAGCGACUCGGUGCUUUCUUUGCGCAGGAGCCUGCCAGCACGGAUGAGGUAGCCCAAAUUUCCUCGCCUCUAGAUGAUGUUACUCCUAGCGAGGACCACCUCGAGCUGAAAACUGUCGGAUUGCAUGUUCAGGAUCCGAAUGAUCCUGUUGACUCCACCAGGGCAACAGAGGAAGCGAUCCAGAUGGCUAUCUUGUCGAAGAAGUUCUUAUCGAAGAAAAUCCCCCCGGUCCCCUUAGAGGAGUAUCUGCUUCGUUUACAUAGGUACUGCCCUAUGUCUACGGCGGUCUAUCUCGCAGCUAGCGUGUACAUAUCCAAGAUGACAUUGAUUGAAAAUGUGCUCCGAGUGUUGCCGAAAAACAUGCAUAGGCUGGUGCUUGCUGGUAUAUGGGUUGCUUCAAAGGCUCUGGAGGACUUGAGCUACCCUCAUAGCCGAGUUGCCAAAGUUGGUGGAGUUAGUGACCAGGAAUUAUCAAAACUUGAGAUUAGCUUUUGUUUCCUGGUCGAUUUUGAGCUGCGUGUUGAUGCGCAGAUGCUGAUGAAUGAAGCGUUGCGCUCUCAAUCUCCUUUGUAA